GUGAGAUGCAAAAAAUGAUUUGAGAGAAGAGGCAAAAAAAAAAAAGUACUGGUGGUUUAAGGAUUCACGCAGCGGAGGAGGAAAGGCCCCUGGAGGAAGUGCCUUGCGGGGAAUGUGAACUACUCAUAGAGCAUCGUUUAUUCUUGUGCUGAUGCGCACUGUGAGUGGGUCCCCUGAUUGCAUUUUCGUCACAACUUUCUGAAGGAUAGUGUGCCUCUGCAGGACAUAAUCCCCUGCUGUGUGCUUCACGGUUGUCCUGCUGACAAUGACGAUAUGCAGUGACAGGAUAUAUCACAGGGUGUUUUGCGUUGUUGGAUUGUAUCUUUUCGUCGGACUGGCUGUACUUGAUGCUACUGCUAUAUUGCUGUCAAAUCCUGCGACUGAAAGAUGUCCAGAAGCUGACCAUGAUGAGAGCUAUCAGAAGGACAUCACACUGGCCAUAGUUAAGCCAGAUGCAUUCCUGGCAGCUCAUGUGGAUGAUAUCAGGCAAGAGAUUCUACAUGCCGGAUUGCAAAUCAAAGCAGAGGGAGAGUUCGUACUGGACAAGGCAUCAGCAGAACUGUUUUACAGAGAGCAUAAGAAUAGGAAUUUCUUCCCACACUUGGUGUCGUUCAUGUCCAGUGGCCCAGUCUAUGUGAUGCUGCUAUCUGGCAGGGAUGCAAUAAAAAAAUGGAGGCUGAUGAUUGGUCCUACUGAUCCGGAGAAAGCGCGAAAGGACAGCCCUCUGAGCAUCCGUGCACGGUUUGGGACUGAUAAUACAAGAAAUGCUGUUCAUGGAUCGGAUUCACAUGAGAGCGUGCUGCGAGAAAUGGGCUUCUUCUUUGGAAAUUAUACUGAAGAAUCAAGAACACCAGCCGAUGCCUGCCAGCCGGUCACUGUUCAGGACCAUCCUGACGAGCUCUGAGUACCGCACUUGUGCUGUGACUGGGCCUACUUUUUUGCGAACAUCAGCAGGAGCAGAUAUUGGGAUUUUUUGUAUAUUUUAUGCUGGCACUGUUGCAGAGAGGAGGCUGACAACGUGAGAGUAGAAGCUUUAGGGUCAUUGUUGGGAGGGGGGGGAUGUGUAUGUGAUUACUGUGGAAGGUGUUGCCUCGGAAGGCAUCGCUGAAAGUGGAUGGGUUCCGGUCAGUGCCUCGCGGCCUGGAUGCACCAUUCACAUAUCUGGUAUACGAAGACAUGCUCCGCCCCAGUGUAGAGCUCCAAGAAUUCGUCUUUUCUAUUUGUCAUUCUGUCGCAUUGGCCAAGGUUCUGCUCUGGAGAAAGAAGUUAUGAAAGAAGUUCUCAUGCAGUGCGCUGAUGUUGAGUAGUAUGUUCAUCCUUAGCUGAGCGAAUAGCCCACCAUUUUUGGAGAUUAGGCCCCUCAACCAUUUGCACAUGGUUCCUCUUUCAAGAGAGCUGCUUGCUGCCUAAUGUC